AUGAAUCUACCCGUAGUAAAAGAUCUAGACGAGUCUCUCCUGCCAGAACCAGAAGAGGAAAGACGAGCUGUUCAGCCUGAGAUUUCAGACGUACAGAUGUCAGAAAUACAGCUCCCACAACCAGAAAUCCCCAUACAGCUAGACAGAGCCUCUCCUGAAAAAGUCAGGGCGGAUAUUAGUAUGGGAAAUGAAAUGCCAUCUAUGGAGAUCCCCCGCGACGCCUCGAUAUCACUGGAGAGGAGUCUUCAGGACACCACCCCUAUCCAGCUCCACCUGUCUGCCAGAAGUAAAGAUGACUCCCUGUCUGAUAGGUCUACUGCCAGUCGAAAAAAGCGGAGUCGAUCUCGGGGAUCUAUUGAGGAGGAGCUUCUGGUCCCCCCCUCAGAACACUCCGUGUCUGACACGUUCUCCAGGAUCAGUCGAAAUCUGUCGGUGGUGCAGGAGGAGUCCGAGAUACCUAUGGUGGACACACCUUUACCUGUCAUCUCCAAACUCUCACAAGUAGAAAGUAGAGUUCUCAGGUUAAUCAACUCAAACACAAGUGAGAAGGACUACACAACAUUUGAGGAAGUUUGCCCACCACACUUUUAUGACAGAAGACUGGCAGCCUCCAUGUUCAACGCCUUGCUUCACUUAUGUGCCAAAGGGAAUGUAUAUGUUGACCAGAGGGAACCUUACGGAGAGAUGCUUAUCCAGAGGGGACACAAUUUCUAAAGAUCAGGCAGAAAGACCAGUCUGUGGGCAUCCAUUAUUUGUGAUUUAAAUGAGUUGUACAAAUGAUAACUGAUAGGGUUUGUUGCAUGCUAUGGUUUAAAGCUAUUUUUACACUUGUUUCUUGUUUAAGGCAUGACAUAUCAUGAGACAAAAUAUAAUAAUGAAUGAAAUCAUGUACAAAUACUUGGUUUUUGUGUUAUCUAUGUUUUAAGAAAGGUAAUUAGGACCGUUGUUGAUUGUUAAUGUUCUUUAUUCUUCAUUGUUAUGAUGUGCUUGUCACAUUAUUCUGUUGCUUGUAUAUUAACAAGGAGAAAAUAAUUUGUUUGCACAAUAUGUUCAAUCUCAUGGGAU